AUGGCCACGCUCGAGGCGAUCAAGUAUGACGGUGAGAAGCUGCUGGUUUUGGACCAGAUCAAGCUGCCUCUCGAGACCCACUAUGAUGAAGUGCUUUCGAUUCAAGAUGGCUGGGAUGCCAUUCGCGAGAUGCGAGUACGCGGUGCACCCGCAAUUGCCAUUGUGGCCGCGCUCACCAUCGCCGUGGUCAUGAAGCGCUCGACCUUUGCCACGGCUGCUGAACUGGCCGCCUUUGUCCGCACCAGCCUUGAGCAUCUGCGGACUUCUCGCCCCACUGCAGUCAAUCUCUUUGAGAUGGCUGGCCGCCUCGAGGCACUUCUUCAGGAGCAACCGGCCGACUGCACCGAGGCAGCCUUGCGCCAGGCCGUCCUUAGCUACAUUGAAGGCAUGAUGCAGGCCGAUAUCGCUGACAACCAAGCUAUUGGCAAGUUUGGUGCCGAAGCCAUCCUCAAAGACCUCAGUGCGGACGUCAAGGUCAAGGUCCUGACCCAUUGCAACACGGGCUCGCUCGCCACCGCCCGCUACGGCACGGCCCUCGGCGUCAUCCGUAGCCUCCAUGAGCAACAACGCCUUGAACACGCCUUUUGCACGGAGACUCGACCCUAUAACCAAGGCGCCCGUCUUACAGCCUACGAACUCGUCACGGAAGGCAUCCCCGGCACCCUCGUGGCUGACUCCAUGGUCUCGCUCCUCAUGAAGCAAAAGGGCAUUAGCGCCGUCGUCGUCGGUGCCGAUCGUGUCGUGGCGAAUGGUGAUACUGCCAACAAGAUUGGCACUUAUCAGAUUGCUAUCGCAGCCAAACACCAUGGCGUGCCCUUCUUUGUUGCUGCUCCCCUCACUUCCGUUGACCUUAAACUCUCACAUGGCUCCGAAAUUACCAUUGAGGAACGUCCUGGCAAGGAGUUGACGCACAUCUUUGGCCAGCAGCUGGCUGCCCCGGGUAUUGGCACGUGGAACCCGGCUUUUGACGUGACGCCUGCCGAUCUCAUCACUGGCAUUAUCACAGAGCGUGGCGUGGCUUACAAGGCAGAAGGUCAGCAGGAGUUUGAUAUGGCGAGCUUUGCGGCGAGCGUAGGCCGCGCUUGAGUCUGCAAGCCCAGCCCUUUCUCACCGACCUGCGGCAAGAGCCCGGCCACCAUACCUCCAGUCACAUCGUGUUUCGUGUUUUUCUCCUUUUCUUUCUCUCCCGCCUGAAGCCCAUGGGCAACUUCCAGCGAAUAAGAUUGCCAAAAUGACACCGCUCUGUGUAAAAAAUGAAUCAUCCAAUUGAAGCCUUGAAAGG